GUGAACUUUCAGAAGGUAGGCUGUGCUCUGACUGCCUAUGAGGAGAGCAGGAGCGAAACCUGCCAGCCCCUCAAUUUUCUCCACUUCCUGUACUCAAGCAACUGCGUCCCAAAAGAGGGAAAAAGUAGGAAAUAUCCAGCAAACGGUUGUAAAUAAGGCGUCCCGACGAACCGCUCGCGCUCGCGCGUCUGCUGCAGCUUUACUGACCAUCACGAAACUUGCUUCAGACGUUUAUGUUAGUUUACCGACUGACUGUACUGAAGGAAACUGCGAGCUGUGUUCAUAUUGCACCGAAUUUGACCGCAUGGGAAAACGAAUCUUUAACAGAAAAAGCUUGAAGCAAUUUGAAGAUAUCGAAAGAGAAGGUUAAGCCGUCAAAUGUAUUGGAAAAAUGAGGCUUUGGCCCCUCUAUCAGAGGGAAAUCAGUUUCUAUCCGACGGAAUUCCCUCAAAACGGGUGAUCUCUCCAGACUCGCACAGCACACCGGGAGCAUCGCGCUGCGUGGACGGACAACACGGUCGCGCGAUGUCCCAGUCUGACGGAGAAUCUCACAGGUCUGCUAUGGAGAAAGAGGAGCCCCGCUCGUCGCCCAGUCCGCCCUCGACGCCGUCCGUCUGCUCGCCCACCUCCAGCGCCUCCUCCGUGCCGUCCACCGGGAAGAACGUAUGCGCGAGCUGCGGCCUCGAGAUCCUGGACAGAUACCUGCUCAAGGUUAAUAAUCUGAUCUGGCACGUGAGGUGUCUGGAGUGCUCCGUCUGCAGGACGUCAUUACGUCAACACAACAGCUGCUACAUCAAAAAUAAGGAAAUCUUCUGUAAAAUGGAUUAUUUCAGUAGGUUUGGUACAAAGUGUGCCCGCUGUGGCCGGCAGAUCUACGCCAGCGACUGGGUACGGCGAGCCAGAGGCAAUGCCUACCAUCUGGCCUGCUUCGCCUGCUUCUCCUGCAAACGGCAGCUGUCCACAGGCGAGGAGUUCGGGCUGGUGGAGGAGAAAGUACUUUGUCGGAUCCAUUACGACACAAUGGUGGAGAACCUGAAACGGGCUGCUGAGAGCGGAAGCGGACUCACUCUGGAGGGGGCGGUGCCAUCAGAACAGGACAGUCAACCAAAACCAGCCAAAAGGGCUCGAACGUCCUUCACUGCAGAACAGCUGCAGGUAAUGCAGGCGCAGUUUGCACAGGACAACAACCCUGACGCUCAGACCCUGCAGAAGUUGGCAGACAUGACAGGACUGAGUAGACGAGUCAUACAGGUUUGGUUUCAAAACUGCAGAGCGAGGCAUAAAAAGCACACUCCACAGCACGGCGGCCCACCUCAAGCUCACCCGCAGGCCCGCAUGCCCCCCUCGCUGCCUGACGAGCUGCAUUACUCCCCUUUCGGCAGUCCUGAGAGAGCACGCAUGGUGGCCCUGCACGGGUACAUCGAAAGUCAUCCGUUCUCGAUGCUCACCACACAGAGCCUCCCUCAUCAGGCCAUGACGCUGCCCCAGCUCCCUCUCAGCCGCUAACACCCCGCCUCGCACUGACCCCUGACCUCCGACCCCAGAGGUCAGAUCUGGCUGAAGGAGAGGGUGACGGUCCCUCUUGCUCUUGACCUCUGAACUCGCAAAGAGAGAGACUAUUUCCUCUCUGGUUUCAUUGGACAGGAUUUUACUCACCUGCAUCUAGUCACUCUCGGGUUAAGGAAAACCGCAUGCAUGACCUGUGAAUUUAGGACUUUGUCUUCAAGACUAGGAUCUGGACUUCUGGACAAAAAGAAACGACUCGAGCACACACUGUAAAAGACUAGCGCUCUUGGUGCGUCCUCUCUUCUGAAAAUCUGAAAAAUGACUCUUGUUCAGCGUUUGGAGACUCUGUAUGCAAACAAAAGGAAUGUAAAGUUACCAGCAUCAGUGUUAAACAUUUAGAUUGAAAAAAGGCAAAAGCACAAGAGAUGUGGAUGGGAAAUAAAUGGCAUAGAACCAGGUGGUAAGACAAAUUUCCUCUCUCUUUUUCCUUGCCGAAAUACGCCACGAUUGAAAUCUGUACCAAGCCAGUAAAAUGAAUUUAUGCCACAGUUCAGUUCUUUCUUGUUCUAACACCCGUAUGCAAAGCAUUUGUGUUUUCUUGGGCCUAAAAAGCCAGCAGUCUUGAUUUGUCCACAGAUUUCACUUUAAAAAUAAUCUUACAUCAUUUAAUUGUAAAAAUAACUGCAAGUUGUUUCUGCAAUUGUUUGUCAACAUUUCGUUUUCGGAAGCAGAUAGAAAAAUUUGACAUUGUCUCCUUUUAGAUUCGGGUAAAAUGCUGAAUAAUAUUUUCUAUUGUUUAAAAAGAUGUCUAAAUCUUUGAUAGUUUCCCUAAUUUUGUUUUCAAAAAUUAAUUUCAAUAACUGUUGUCAUUGUGGUUUAUCACGCAAUCAGAGACUACAGCUGACGAUGAUCUUACUACGAGAUUAUUUGAAAUCAAAAUUUUCCUUUUAUACAAAACAAAUGCAAAUAAAUAUUAAGGAUCAGGAAGGGAUUAUCAAUGACAACAGUAUUUUGUGCGUAAAACAGAAAGGAAGAGGAAACCUGAGACUAAAAUGAGCACUUGAGUAAAAUGUAAAGAUAACUACAUGUAAAGAAAAUGUACAUUUUUUUUAUUUAAGCAGUGUCCUGACUUUAUGUGGGAGACGAAAGUGUCAGUGUUUGAUUGUUUUCUUCGUACAUGUGUGCCGUAUAUGCCUCAGCUGUGACGAGGGAGCGGGAGCGUUGUAUACUUGCUGCAGACACGUUGUAUACUAACAGAUAGGAGCUGUGUACAGGUCAGAAACCGGGGGAAAAGUCUGCAAUUGUAACUUAAAGUGGAGAAAUCCAUUCUUGUGUUCUGAAUGGGGGACAAGGCCUCUACAUUCUUGUAUUUAUUAUGACAGGUAGCCUGUAAGCACUUUUCCCCACUUCCACAUGUCUGUUUUGUAAAAAAUAAAAUAAAAUAAUUAAC